UCCCAUCUGCAGAGUCUCCUCUCUGCAGAGCAUCAUGGGUACCCUGACAGCUCACCUGACACAGUCUUCUUCAGUGUCUCUCCAACGUUCGUCUGAUGAAGAAGAGGAGGCAACAGCCCAGAGGGAGGAGCUAAACUUUCUGGCGCUGGAGAACGAGGAGGAGGCGGGGCCUAUCUGUGACAUCAGAGGGUGGAUGCAGAGGCGUCUCCGUGGUAACAGGAGAGGCUGUGUGUGGCUGAGUGUUUGUGGAGGUGUGACCUUCACUGCAGCGUUCCUAUUGGCCUUCGCCGUGUUUAGUGGGCGGUACCACUGCUCCCAGGUGGGGGGGCAAGGGGAGCAGAGCGGCCAGCAGGGGGGCGGGGCCAACAGACCUGCAGACGGAGGGGCGGAGCUUUACCUGGGCGAGCUGAGGGACAUGAUGAAGAGGCUGCUGCAGGAUGAAGAUCUCCACAGCACCGUCAGUCGGGUCAGCAGAGCGGCUCAUCCCCCGGGUUCCUCAGAGGGAACCGCUCUGGCCUCAGAGAUCCUGGGACGUUUCAGGAAGCUGCCCAUGGACCACACCUGGACCGAGUCUCUGUACGCCACGCUGCAGUUCCCCGACAGGUCCAGGAGGAGCUCCCUGCAGCUCAUGGACUCUGCUGGUCUGAUCUUAGAACAGAUUGCUCUGAACCCGUCUGAUUACUGUCCCUACAGCGCCACAGGAAACUACACGGGAGGCAUGGUCUACGCCAACUAUGGCCGCCCUGAGGACUUCAACUGGCUGAAGAGCGUGGGCGUGUCUGCGGCCAGCAGCGUGGUGGUCAUGCGGGUUGGGGGCGGAGUCAGUUUUGCUGAGAAGGUGUGGUUGGCUGAGAGGAACGGAGCAGGAGGCGUCCUGAUCUAUCCCGACCCUGCAGACCUGCCUCAGGACCCCCGCCGGCUGGGGUUGAACUCUCACACCGCCGUGUCUGAACAUGUCCACCUGGGGUCAGGUGACCCCUUCACUCCAGGUUUCCCCUCCUUCAAUCACUCUAAGUUCCCACCCAUCCCCUCCUCUGGCCUACCACUGAUCCCAGCCCUGCCAAUCACUGCCACUGUAGCCGCCAAGCUGCUAAGCCAGCUGUCAGGUCCACCCUGUCCUCCAUCUUGGAGAGGUCGGCUGCCCUAUGUCCGCUGUGUGCUGGGACCAGAGUUCAGCUCCGGACGCAGAGUCAGGAUUUCAGUCCACAACACCAUGACUCCAGUUCUGCUCAACAACAUCUUCUCCUCACUGGAGGGCCGUGGUGAGCCAGACCAGUACGUCAUACUGGGAGCUCAGCGGGACUCUUUGGGUCCAGGAGCUGUGAAGUCUGGAGUUGGAACAGCGAUCCUCCUGGAGCUGGCUCGGACCUUCUCAGCCAUGGUGAAGAACGGGUUCAGUCCCAGACGGAGUUUACUGUUCGUCAGCUGGGAUGCUGGAGACUUUGGGAACGUUGGAGCGACCGAAUGGCUCGAGGGUUACCUGUCCAUGCUCCACCUGAAGGCCGUGGCCUACUUCAGUCUGGAUCAGGCCAUUAUGGGUGAUGAUAACCUGUCAGCCCACACCAGUCCUCUGCUGGUUGACCUGCUGGACGCCGCCAUCAGACAGGUGGAACACCCCAAACAUGCGGGCCAGACCAUCUACAGCCAGGCUGAAAGGGAUGGAGGCAGCUGGAGGAUCAUGAAGCCUCUGUACCUGAACAGUGGAGCCUACAGCUUCACGGCGUUUGCAGGAGUUCCAGCCAUGGAGCUCAGGUUCACAGAGGAGCGAGCGUACCCGUUUCUCAACACGCCCCUGGACAGCGUCCCCCGCCUCCAGGAGGUGCUGGGGGGGCGGCUGGGCGUCACUGGGCGGAGCCUGAGUGAGCUGGUCGGGGAAAUGGUGCUGCGAUUGGUCCACGACCGCAUCCUGCCUCUACGCAUCACUUCCUACGCGCAGACGGUGCUGCAGUUCAGCGCUCACCUCAACAAGCACUCAGCUGAGCUGCAGUCCAGAGGCGUGUCUCCUCAGUGGCUGUUCAGCGCGCGGGGAGAUUACAGCCGGGCUGCAGAGACUCUGCAGAGAGCCAUCGACUACAGCGACCUGCACGACCCCACCACAGCGCGCCUCUACAACACCCGCAUCAUGAAGGUGGAGUACUACUUCCUGUCUCAGUAUGUGUCUGCCAUGGAGACGCCGUUUCGUCAUGUGAUCCAUGGGCGUGGCAACCACACACUGAGCGCGCUCACAGAGCACCUGACCCUGCUGACCUCUGACCCCGGACGGUUUGAUGAGGGUCGUUUCAGACGCCAGCUAGCUCUGUUCACCUGGACGCUGCAGGGAGCCGCCAACGCUCUGAACGGAGACGUGUGGAGCAUGCACCACACCCACACCUACACCCACUGAUGGACACACCCACACCUACACCCACUGAGUGACACACCCACACCCACACCUACACC